AAUUUUUCCAAGUUUCAUGAAUAGGAGGGGCUUGAAUGUUCUGACAGAAAUGAUUCUGGUUGGGCAUCUGAUGAGCAUGUUUGUUCAUUUCUGAAUUUCUGAUGUCAGAAAUUCAUCAGUUAAGAAUGUCUGAAAUAGAGGAGCAGGCUAUGAGAGAAGCUCUUGGCUUAGCUGCUAAGUCAUCUAGUCAACCUCAAUGUAAUCGACUUGAUAAGCAUGAAUUUGAGGAACUUGUGAAACGAGGUUCGACUGUGGAGGAUAUGGGUGCAGGGCAUUCUGAAGCAGCUUGGGUUCAUGGAAUCGAUUUCUCAAGAUUUUUACAGCAAUGCACCUCGCCCAUGGGAAGAUCCCAGUACGCUCCAAUCCAGUGAGGAGCAAGCUUCACCUGAGUCAAUGAAGCCUACUGAUCCCAGUUCACCUGUUCGGGACACUGGAAAAGAAGAACCAAAGGAUGAAAAGGAGGACAAUAUGAUUAAAAAUAAAAGAAAGCGUGAGGAGAAGAAGCAGGAGAAGCACGAAAGACGUGAGAAACACCAUUUCCGUGAUUUAGAUGACAAAAGGAAACAUGGGAAAGACAAGGAGAAAAGGAGAAAGGAUUCCGACUGAACUGGUGCAUGUUACUGGUUUGUUUUUUGAUGUUUCUCCUUUAAAGGAAAAAGGAAAAUUAAUGUAAAAUCAUAGAUAUAUUUUUUCUUAAAUUAUUGUGAUGAAAUAGAGGCGUGGAGAUCUCAUAUA